CAAGUGCAGUACAACAGUGGAACCAACAACAGUGAACAACAGGAUCAAUAAGGACGUGACACACAGACAGAGAGGAGACGUGCACGUCCCUCGACAUCCCAGUAACAACCAGGUGUGGGAGUUCGACAUCGAGCUGGGAAACACGGCCGAGGACGCCAGAGAUGAUCCUGAGGCUGGUGUGCUCCACUGUUCCUUUGAUCAUGGAGUGUGUGACUGGAUGUGGGACAGAGAAGGAGAUCUUCACUGGGAAACAGCUCAAAACCCUUCAGGUGGGCGUUACCUGUCUGUUCCAGAGCUGAAGGCGGGACAAAGGAGUAUCCGAGGUGCUCGAUUGGCCGUCCACAUUGUCCCGCCCUGGAGCCACGGCGACCUGUGCUUCUCCUUCUCCCAUUGGCUGACGGGGCACCAUGUGGGCGUGCUGCAGCUGUUCGUCAGGAAAAAGGGACGAGACCAAAGAUACAGCUCCGCCCUCUGGAGCAGGACAGGUGGACACGGCUGGAGACACACUCAGGUUACCUUGACGAUGCACUCUGUGGAGAAGGUGUUGUUGAAGGCCGAGCGGAGGAAAGGACGGCGAGGACAGAUCGCUGUUGAUGAUGUCACACUGAGACAGGGGGCGUGUCGAUGACAUCACUACUUUCCUUAAACAUUCACGGACGACGCUGCUGUUUUUAUUUAACACAAACUAUGUUCAGAAUAAUCAACUGUUUCACAGUGUGUGUGUGUGUGUGUGUGUGUGUGUGUGUGUGUGUGUGUGUGUGUGUGUGUGUGUGUGUGUGUGUGUGUGUGUGUGUCACUUGAAUCAGCUUUAUAUAAACGUGUGGUGAGGAACAGGAAGAACAAACCUGUAACUUCUGAUCUGGGAUCAUUGUUGUUAUUAAUACUGAGAACUGAAACGUUUUUUUGCUCUUAAAUAAAUAAAUUGUGUGUAAAUAUU